AUGAAGGUUGCUCCAGGUAUUAGUACCUACAAGAGCAGUUAUGUUAGUAAUGUGUCGUCGUCAAUCCAGCAGUGUCCAGCCUCACGCCUUCCACAACUUGCUGACACACUAGUUACUGAUGCAGCCAGCAGUGUCAGCUUCACGCCUCCACAACUUGCUGACACACUAGUUACUGAUGCAGCCAGCAGUGUCAGCCUCACGCCUCCACAACUUGCUGACACACUAGUUACUGAUGCAGCCAGCAGUGUCAGCCUCACGCCUCCACAACUUGCUGACACAGUUACUGAGCAAGCCCGCAGUGUCCCAGCCUCACGCCUCCACAACAUGCUGACCACACUAGUUACGCUACCGUGGCACGGCGGAAAUCAGGAGAAGAAGAACCAUUACCGUCCACUACAGAGCUUAAGCUCCCUCGAUGUGGAGGUUCUGCAGCGACUGGACAAGAUUGUCAAUGUGGUGCCUGUGGUGGCCAAGGCUGACACACUCACACUUGAAGAAAGAGCAGCAUUCAAAGAAAGGAUUCGCGCAGACUUAUCUGAUCAUGCAAUCAAGGUGUAUCCUCUGCAGGAAUAUGAAGACUUGGACGAUGCCCCAGAAAACAUGAAAAUUAGGGAACGAUUACCAUUUGCUGUAGUUGGAAGUACUACUUGGCAUGAAAUCCAUGGAAAGAAGUUGCUGGGUCGCCGCUCCAACUGGGGUCUUGUUGAGGUUGAAAAUAAAAGCCACAAUGAUUUUGCAUAUAUGAGAGACAUGCUGAUCAGGACGCACAUGCAAGACUUAAUCGGCUCUACAGCAGAGCGACAUUAUGAGAACUUCCGAAGAGCCAGAUUGUCUACCAAAACUACUUCCAAAGUCAACAUAGUCAACGGCCAAGACACAGAUCACAUGGAAGACCUUAACGAAUCAAAAAUAUAACAACUUGUUUUGCAUUUAGUACUUUAAAUUAAACUGUGACAUUACUUUUAAACAUAUGCAUUCAAAAAAGACAUGAAACUGUACUAUACAUAUAUUUUUACAUGUAUCAUUUGUGAACUGUCAGUUUGCUUCAGUUUCCAGUGGAUGUGGAUUAGUGAGAGAUUUCAUCAUCACAGGUAAAGCAUAAUUUAUCUUUGAAAUAUUUUACAUGUAUAGCAAAUUAGAAUAAAGGGAGGUGCUGACCACUGAUGGUGGCUCAGUUGAGGAUAUGUGGGCGGCCUAAAGGACAAUUUUGUUUUGUUUCACCUAAGGCUUUGCUUCAUACUUAUUUUUUACCUUCUAUAUUAUUUCUCAUUGGACAUUGUUAGAACUUCACAUUAUGCUUACCUGAACAAAGGCAAAAACUUUAAAGACUGGCCACAAAACAUCAAAUAAAAAAUCACACUGUUAUUUAUAUAAAGUUAAUUGUAAGAGGCAUUUUUAAAAUAUAACUUCUUCUUUGGCUAAACUACUAGUACUACUUUCACAGAAGUGAUAAUGUCAUUAAAAUGACAAGUAGAGCAGAAAACUAAGAUUCUAAUUUUCUUUAGUAGGUUAAGAAAAUUCUAAAUACAUGUAUGAUUUAACUAAAAAUUAUACUGUGCUAGUUAAUAUAUUAAAAGUAUAGUAGCAAAGAGAGAGAGAGAGAGCAUAAAUUGGUAAAUCAAUAUACAUAUAAUGUACUGUACUUUCCUAUAUAAUACAUUCCUGUACAUUUCUUGCUAAGUCCUAAGAUCAGUCACACUUAUCUGUGUGGAGUAAAAUGUAUGAACAAAUAAAGACAAUCAGAAAACAAGAGAAAAAUCACGGUUGUAGUGUACAUCAUUUCUGUAAAGACUAAAAGUGACACUGCAAUUUUUUUUUUUUUACAAAAGAAAGAGGGAAAGGAGUAAUGAAGUUCAGGAGGACCUAGCAAGACCAACCAUGCUCCUCUGUUUCAACCAUCUCUCUCCCAUCCAUUACUAUCCAUUUGCCAUUCAUGGUAAAUUCUCCACCCACCUCCUUCCCACCUCUUCCCAUCCAUUUGCCAUUCAUGGUAAACUCUCCACCCACCUCCUUCCCAAUGUCUCUAGUGUAAAUUCCCCAACUAACAUCUCUAACUUUCAAAAAUUUACUCCCACUACUCUGUUUCUUCCUUCUCUCCCCGUCUUCUUUCUCACCCUUCAAGAAAGCCAACCUUUGAACACAAGGACAAGAAAAUUGUCAUUCAAUUAUAACUCUCUUUUUAGUCCCUACCUCAACUACUGUUAUCAAGCAGAGACCAUACCUAAAUAAAGAUAAUACUAUAUCAUUGAACAAAGUUCAAUGUAGUAUUGACAACCUUUCAAAUACGUAACACAUGAUUGGGCUCGUCCCAUUUGUUUUUGUUAACACAUCAGCCAUUUUACAGGGUGACCUUAAAAAAGAAGCUGCAUUGUCAUCAUCAUUCACAAUGCAAGAGGCAUGCUUAUACUAGUUAAAAAACUGCAACAUAACACCCCUUCUUCAGAGAGCAGGCACUGUACAUCUUAUCUCCAGGACUUAUGUCCAGCUAACCAGUUUCCCUGAAUCCCUUCAUAAAUGUUACUUUGCUCACACUCCAACAGCCCAUCAAGUCAUAAAAACCAUUUGCCUUCACUUGCUCCUAUCUAAGAUGCUCACACACGCUUGCUGGAAGUCAAAGCCCCUUGCACACAAAACUUCCUUUGCCCCCUCCCUCCAACCAUUCCUAGGAUGAACCCUAUCUUGCCUUCCUUCCACCACAAAUUUAUAUUUACUCCAAGUCAUUCUAUUUUGUUCCAUCCUCUCUAACUGUCCAAGCCACCUCAACAACCCUUCCUCUGCCUUCUGGAUAAUACUUUUAGAAACCUCAACCUUCCUUCAAAAUCUCCAAGCUAUAGAUUCUCUGCAUUACAUUUACACCGCACAUUGCCCUCAGAUACGACAUCUCAACUGCCUCCAGUCUUCUCCUUGUUGCAACAUUCCCCACCCAUGCUUCACCCAGGGAGGUACUACCAUCCUGCUAAAUGAGUGUGAAAUAGAAACCUGUAAUUAUUUUACACAAUGGUAGGACUGCUGAUUUUCUUUUCUUUCUGUCUCAUGUACACACAAGAACACAGGUAUGUCUUGCUACCUCUACUUACACUUAGGUCACACUACAUACAUUCUGUACAUGUAUAAGCAUACACACCGAUCUGAAUUUUCUUCUAUUUUCUAAAUAGUUCUUGUUCCUAUCUAUUUCCUGUCAUCUCUAUGGGGAAGUGGAAAAGAAUCUUUCCUCCAUAAGCCGUGCAUGUCGAAAGAGGCAACCAAAAUGCCGAGAGCAAUGAGCUAGUAACCCCUUCUCCUGUAUAAAUUACUUAAAAUAAAAAGGUGAGUGGUGCAUUGAGGUAUAUAUAUGUGGAGGCAAAAAAUGUUAUCUAUAGAGGCAAAGAAGGGAAUGUAUGAAAGUAUAGUAGUACAAACACACUUAUUUGGGUGUGAAGCUUGGGUUGUAAAUGCUGCAGCGAGGAGGCGGUUGGAGGCAGUGGAGAUGUCCUGUCUAAGGGCAAUGUGUGGUGUAAGUAUUAUGCAGAAAAUUCGGAGUGUGGAAAUUAGGAGAAGGUGUGGAGUUAAUAAAAGUAUUAGUCAGAGGGCUGAAGAGGGUUUGUUGAGGUGGUUUGGUCAUUUAGAGAGAAUGGAUCAAAGUAGAAUGACAUGGAGAGCGUAUAAAUCUGUAGGGGUAGGAAGGCGGGGUUGAGGUCAUCCUCGAAAAGGUUGGAGGGAGGGGGUAAAGGAGGUGUUGUGGGCGAGGGGUUUGGACUUCCAGCAAGCGUGCGUGAGCGUGUUAGAUAGGAGUGAAUGGAGACAAAUGGUAUUUGGGAUCUGACGAUCUGUUGGAGUGUGAGCAGAGUAAUAUUUAGUGAAGGGAUUCAGGGAAACCGGUUAUUUUAUAUAACCGGACUUGAGUCGUGGAAAUGGGAAGUACAAUGCCUGCACUCUAAAGGAGGGGUUUGGGAUAUUGGCAGUUUGGAGAGAUAUAUUGUGUAAUUUUAUACGUAUAUGCUUCUAAACUGUUGUAUUCUGGGCACCUCUGCAAAAACAGUGAUUAUGUGUGAGUGAGGUGAAAGUGUUGAAUGAUGAUGAAAGUAUUUUAUUUUUGGGGAUUUUCUUUCUCUUUGGGUCACCCUGCCUCGGUGGGAGACACCCGACUUGUUGAAAAAAAAAAAAAAAAAAAGGAACACUUUAAAAAACUAGGCUUAAUCUCAUAUGCACAUUAAAGAUACUGAAUAAGUUAUACAUUUCAAACCCUGACUAUUUCAAGGAGAUUAAUAAAGCACAUUCUACAGGCAAAAUCUUCAAGCACAAUAAACUGCUCUUUGUUUUUGUUUGUUUCAAGUGGCCAACAGGUAAAUAAUGUGAGACUACGGCUUGGAGUAUGAAGUGUUUUUGGAGCCACAUGUUAACCAGUGGUUCUGAUUCUAUUGACUAACUGUUGAUACAGGAGUCAGUGAGCAUUCAACUCCAGGAACUCUUUAAACAUUAGUGUUAAUGUGGUAGGAACUGUUCUCUAAAAUUUUUAUGUAUAACAUAUACUAUGCUGUACAUAUAUAUAAUUUGAGUAUGAAGUUAAUUUGGUAAAAUGCUGCACCUUUUAAAAGUCAUUAAUGAAAAUAACUGUCCAGUCUCAAAUAUGAUAAGUGGCAAUCAAAUCUCUGAAUAGUGAAAAAUAUAUGUAAAAAAGAAUGAAAAUCUAUUUCGCAGCAAUAUAAGAACAGGGUACACCUUUACAAUUCUAGUAAUGAUCACAAAGUUAACUUUCCAUAUCAGAAACUCUCAAUUACCUUUUUCCAAUUAUUUCCUCAUAAUGACCUAAUACAUUACUGGCAAAACUGUUGGUCUACCUAGUAACCAAUAAGCCUUUUUCUACUAAACCACAUCUGAUGUCUAGUCAUCUUUGCUUCAUUUCUCUCAACUGUGGAUUUUUUUCCACACAGCUGUGCAAGGUUAAAAAAGAUUGCCUCAUAUCAUACUGGCAGUGUGCGCUGCUCCACUCUUAUUAGAGCUGGCAAGUCAUGCUCACUCUUGCCUACAGUACACUAAUUUGAUAGACCAGUUUUUCACUGGGACUGAUGACCUUAAUUUUGGCCCUUUUCUAAUAUGUCUGCUCUCUUCUUUGAAGGUAUCUCCUUUAAUGUAGAGGUUAUCUAUGGCUUUUUAUCUGCAGUUGAUCUCUUGCACCAAAUUAAUGUGGUGUACUAUUGAAACUGCUUUGCCUUUGCUCUUAGUAUCCUACUCCAUAUUCUGCGCUGAAUAACGUUCAGGGGUUUAAUGUCCUUUCUUAAAUAGUACUACUGUAUCAUUAUUAUCAUAAAUUAUAGAAUUGCAAGUGUUAUGAAUACACAACACUUUGUAUCUGUAUGGCUUCUGACUUUAUAUUCAGCUUUUUGAGUAGUAAUUAAGUAAUAUUAUUUUGUUGGCACGAACAUGACUUAUACAGAUAUACAAAAUGCUCUUAUUAGGUGACCAAAUGACUCCAGGUCAGUUUAAAUAUUAUGUGAAGAAUGUUUUAAGUUGAGUAAUAUAUAAAUAGUUACAGAUGUAUAUCUCACAGACUUUACCUUUCUACAAACUUUACUCCUUAAGAGAUAAUUUCUUAUGCAUUCUCAGUUAGAAAAUGAACCAAUGGAGUUAUGCAACCUCUUCAUUAUAACAGCAGAGAGUAGGUGACACAUGACUCAUGAGUAUAUCUGCUGUCUUGUCAGGUAAAUCUUAAGAAUCUUCUCCAAGGCUGGACAUACAUACACACGUAUAUAUAUUAAUGUGGUUCAUGGGUGACAAUGUACAAUGCACAAAAUUGCUUACUGUUGUGGCAGGACUAAAGAUUGUACCAACACCAUGCAUUUUAGCUAAGUCACACGAGGAAAUGUUAGACUACAAUUAUUAAGAACAAAUAUGACUAUGUGAAAUACUUGCCCAAACAAUGAAGCAGAUGAUAAUAUAAAAUCUAGUCAUAUCAUUUAGUGAUUAAAGGGACAAGACAGUAAUAAGAUAUUAACAAUUGUAUUAUUCUUGUGACAAGAGUGAGUAGUAUAUUUCAAACCAAAUCAGUGCUGAGUGACCCAAACAGGUUUAGUGCUUUUUUAUGAAUAAUGUACUGCACUGUAUAAUAUUAAUGCAAACCAGCUUUUAAAAAAAAUAUUUGCUCAGGGGAGCUUACAUACCACUAGAGGGUAGAUUUUUUAUUUAUAAAAAUACUUUUUUGAAGACAAUCACUAAGAGCCUCAGUGGUCAGAGGUGAAACUGCGAUUAGCAGAGGGAGGAUGGAGCGGCCAGCACUCCUCCUGCUGAAUGAUCCAUGUAGUUUUAGCACUUAAUUUAUUAUAAAAUUGUAAUCCUCUUUAAGAAAAGGGUUUUUAGUAAGUGAGAGUUAUCAUCUCUUCCAAUUAAUAUUUGAGAAUACCUAACAGGAAGAGCAAUUUAAAUGUUAUUCAAACAAAAGUCUGGUUGAAGGCUGAACAUCUUCAGUACUUAAUAAUAACCACAUAACACAUCUAGAUAAAAGCUCAAGUGUUUGUAAUAUAGAGAGUAUAGCAAAUGUUGUUAGUGUUAAUGUAACUAAGAUGUGACACAGGCUCAUUAUCAAUUAAAUAUAUUGUGGUAAACAUUAAUGGUGGGUUGCCAUGAGACUUCUUAAAGAACUUCAUAAUGUAGGCCUCAGUAACACUAAUAUCAAUGUUUACGUAUUUCAACGCACUGUCCUAUCAUGUUGAAUAUGAAGUUGUUUUAUGAUGGUAGUUACUGUAUUUCUAAUGAUCACAGUCAUUUAUAACUGUUAAAUGUUACAAAUAUUACAUGUUAAAAUAUUUUAUUUUGAUAAUAUAAUACUGAUUAUCAUCAGUCUAUGCAAAUAAUAGCAUUAUUAUUGUUAUAAUAAGCAUGGUUUCUGUAUUAGAAAAUUAAAAACAGCUGCUGCAUUUGCAUUUAGUGUACAUUAAAAUACUGUACGUCUGUCAUACUGACCAUAAAAAUGUUUUAUCACUAGUAGAAAUGCAGUAUCUGUAAAAUAAUAAUACUGUAUGCAUCAAAUAAACUAGGUGGUUAAGUAGCCUACAGUGAAGAAAUUUCUGAUAUACUGUACUGGCUGGCAAAGCUCUCGCUUCAUGCACAGACGGCCUGGGUUCGAUUCCCGGCGGGGUCGAAACAUUUUGACUUGUUUCCUUAUAUACCUGUUGUCCAGUUCACCUAGCAGCAAAUAGGUACCUGGGUGUUAGUUGACUGGUGUGGGUCGCAUCCUGGGGGACAAGAUUGAGGACCCAAAUGGAAAUAAGUUAUACAGUCCUCGAUGACGUAUUGAUUUUUUUGGGUUAUCCUGGGUAGCUAACCCUUCAGGGUUAAAAAUCCAAACAAAAUCUUAUCUUAUCUUACAAUCAGAUUAUGACUUAAACUUGCUGGUCUUAGCACAGUUUCACAUUAAAUUUAAUUAUUUAUUUUAAAUUACAGUAUUAUUGCUUUAAUCUCUAAAGUGUAUGAUGAGUGCAUCUAAUCAUAAUUAGUGUUCAAAUAAUAGCAUUUAUAUAUUUUAAGGAGAUUUUCUCUCUAUAAAACCAGAGAAAAUUGUGUAAGUGAUUGUAAAAGAAUGUACGUCAAGUCAGAUCAACGAGCUGCUGCCAGAAGUGUACGUGGUUACACAGAGAUAAGCAUUUAUACAUUAAUCCAAAUUUCAUAAUUUUGAUAGGUAUACAUUCUGAACCGGAUACCGUAUUUGUGAUUAGUACAGUACGUAUGUACCUCAUACUCUCAUGAGUACAUAUACCUGAUACUGUACUAGUUAGUGAUGAUAUAUGUACCUGAAAUUGUACUUGUGAUGAUACAUGUGCCUGAUAUUGUACUUGUGAUGGUACAUGUUCUUGUUCUUGAUACUGUACUUGUGAUGAUUUAUGUAUCUAAUAUUGUACUUGUGACUGAUGCACCUAAUACUGAGGGGUGGAUAUACCUGAUAAUUGUUAACAAUACAUAUAUAUACAUAUACAUGUGAAAACAAAUAUCUGAUACUUGUGAUGGGUACUUGUGCCUUAUUCUUGUGAUGGAUACAUAUAUUUGAUAACUGCAAUAGAUACAUGUACCUCAUACAGGUAUUAAUGAUGGAUACAUAUAUCAAAUAAUUUUGGGCACAUGUGCUUUAUGCAGGUACAGUUAGUUAUGGUACAUAUACAGUUAUCUGAUAACUGUAAUGGGUAUAUGUGCCUUAUACUGUACAAGUACUCUUAGCUAUGGUACAAAUGUCUGAUAACUGUGAUGGGUACAUAGGCCUACUGAUGAUUGUAAAUGUAAGUUAUGCCUGUAUGUACUUACCAUGACACUUCUGUUUCCAUGCGUUAAUUAGCUCUUGUAACAUUCAAAAUUUCAUAAAUAACAUUUCAUUCCAUUUACUGAGUAUUAUUUAUCAUAAAAUAUGUUUAAAUAUGAAAAGCAACAUUAUGUAAUAGGAGCAAGUGAGGGCUCCUGCCUGGACUACUCUAAUUCAUACCAAUCUCUAUCA